AUGGGGGGGCUAAAGGUUAGAUCAAGGCAGCAGGCCCUGCUGCUUCCUCUGCUGCUGCUACUGCUGCUGCUGCUGCAGCAGCAUCAGCAGCAGCUGUUGCAUGCUGCCUGCCGCGAGAUCGUGCUAAGCGGCAGCGGCAGCAGCAGCAGCAGCAGCAGCAGCAACAGCAGCAGCAACUAUUCUCUUCUUUCUGCUGCAAAAGGUCUAAGACAAUCUUGUCUGCGACCCUCGACCUGCCAGCAGCAGCAGCAACAGCAGCAGCAGCAGCAGCAGCAGCGACAGCAAAGUUUUCUGACUCGACGCGGUCGCCUCCCACCGUUUGCAUUUCAGGGGUUUGAUGAUCUGCAGUUUGAAGCAGCAGACAGCAGCAGCAGCAGCAGCAAGAGGAGGCGGGGGGUGCUGCAGCACGGCAGGGAAGAGCUGCUGCGUCUCCUUGGCUUCAGCAGCAGCAGCAGCAGCAGCAGCAGGCCGCAUUUCGAGUCUGCUGCUGCUGCUUUCUGGCGUCAGUGGGUGUUGAGUCUCCCCCCCGUGAGUCGUAUGUAUUUGCUGCUAUGUGCAUGCAGCUGUGCAGCAGCAACAGCAGCAGCAGCAGCAGGCUGUCCUUUACCUGCUUCUUUAUUUUACUUUAAUUUAACUAAAGCAACAAAAGAAAAACAGCUCUGGAGGUUCUUGUCUCCUCUCUUCUUCGUUGGCGAACUGUCUCUUUCUGCUGCUCUGUCUCUCUCUUUUGCUUACACCUACUUUCCGCUGCUAGAGAGAUACUGCAGCAGCAGGAGCAACAGCAGCAGCAGCAGCAGCAGCAGCAACGGCAGCAGCAGCAGCAGCAGCAGCGAGAGCGAAAAGAGGGGCCAACCUGACCUCAGCAGCAGCAGCGAGAGCGAAAAGAGGGGCCAACGUGACCUCAGCAGCAGCAGCAACAACAACAACAGCAGCAGCAGCAGCAGCAACAGCGGUACGAAGCGUUUUAUAAAUUUGUUGGGGUUAGGCGCAGGGUGUACGUACACCUUAACAGGGCUAGGUUUGCUGCCAGCAGCGCAGCAGCAGCAAUGCUUUUUUUCUUUUGUUUUGUUUCUAUGGAGUUAUAUAAACCCCACAGGGGACUCAGAUAUUCUAGGGUUGUUUUGCUGCAGCAACAGAACGCUGCCGCUGCUGCUGCUGCUGCAGCAUUUGCUGCUAGACGGCCAACUCGUCAAGGCAGACCUGUGGGGUGCAGCAGCAGCAGCCCUCGCCUACCUCACCGUACACCCCAAACCCUAA